AUGAUAAAUAAAGACUUACCUGCCAUAGGAGGUCCUAUAAACAACAAAUUAAAACUGUUCUAUUUUUUUUUUAAAGAGCUUAAUUAUUAUUAUGAAAAAAUAAAAUUUUAAAUUUUAAAGUCUUUGCUAUAUUUUUUGAUAAUAAAUUCAUAAACUUAAUUUAUAUUCCUUUAAUCAGGAUUAGAAUUUAUCAUAUUAUUAAUAAUUAAAUCGUAUAAUUAGUAUCUUAGAAUAUCUUUAUUAAAAAAAGACAAAUCCAACUUUUUUUAUCUAUUUCUCCUAUAAUCAGAAGCUUCAUCAAAGCUAAUUUAAAUUCCUAGUAAUUCAAGAAAGACUAUUCCUAAUGAAUAAAUAUCAGUUUUAUUCGUGAUUUUAUGCACAUUUCUAUCACUUAAGAGAGAUUCUGGAGAAAUGUAUUUGAAAGUUCCUCCAUUGCAUUAUGAUAUGUAAGAUUUAUCUACAUCUAAUAAAGUUGAAAGGUUAAAGUCAGAAAAUUUUGCUUUAAGAUUACAAUCUAAAAGAAUGUUAUCAGGCCUAAUGUCGAAGUGA